CUCUAUCGCCCCGAAUCGUUUGCCGUCGACAUACGGCUCAGAGCAUUAGGCCCCAGGCGACAUUCCUCGCUGAUUGAAGUCCCGCUCUGUUCUGGAUCAGCAGACUUUUAGGGUUGUAUACCCCUUCGUAUGACGUGGUAGUUGUGGUCUGCACUUAUACUGGCGUUUGGCGCAGAACCUCCAUAUUUUUCGCUUUCACCCCAUCAACUCUUGUAGAGACUCAAGUGCUGAUUGCUCCAGUUGCCCAUAUACACUUGAGCAUUCGCGCCCUCGAACCCAAAAGGUUUGCCGCGCUUUCCGCGCGCGCUUUUCCGCCCGUCGGUCCCGGGAGAGCGCCCUCGCCUGCGCCCGCUCGCCAGUAAUCGCCCAUAGACAUACGGCACACUGCUUCUCAUGUCACAAGCACAUUAGUGCGCAGUACACGAGCAACACCCACUGUCGCGGAUUCAGUUGGGAAUUCGGAGGUUUCACGACACGAACUCCUCGCUGUCGCUUCGUAGUCGUUUCCUCCCGCAACGCUUGUUACAUCGUAUAUUGUCCAACUUGUUCACGCAUACAGCAAGUCGUUGAGGCCGGAGAGCGAAUUCUGCCAUACUACCAGUGUCGGCGAGGUGUUACCUGUGACAGGCACAAACAGCGCAAUGCGUGGCUCAGAAUUUGAGCCGGCCAAGAUAGGCGCAGGCCUACUGAUCUGUUGCGAAGGAUCGUGCCUGCUGCUGCGCCGCAGCAAUGCCGGCGGCAACCCGGGCAAGUGGGGCUUGCCAGGCGGCAAUGCCGACUCGGCUGAUGCCGGUCUGCUGCAAGAGACGGCGAUGCGGGAGGCGGUCGAGGAGCUGGGCGAGCUGCCGUCGGAGCUGCAAGUGUUGGGCUCCGUGCUGACAAAGCGCGGCAAGGCUCUUCAGAAGCACUACACCGUGUUUGUGGCGUCCAUCCCCGAGAGCGCGCGCAGCACGUACACGCCCACGCUCAACAACGAGCACACCGACUGGCGCUGGCUGGAGGUGAGCCACGUCAGCGAGCUGGCGGGCGCCCAGCGCGGCCGCCGCCGGGCCCUGAGGCGCGCCGCCCGCCAGCACCACGCGGCUGGCGCCGAGGGCGAGGAGGCCGAGGAGGGCGAGGAGGGCGAGGGCCACGGCGGCCGGGGCAGGGGCAGGGGUCGCGGACGCGGCCGCGGCCGUGGCCGCGGCCGCGGGCGGGGCCGUGGUCGGGGCCGGGGCCGGAAGGCUGCGGCUGAGGGUGAGGAGGGUGAGGAGGCCGAGGGUGAGGACGAGGCCGAGGGCGAGGGUGAGGGCGAGGGUGAGGCCGAGCAUGAGGCCGCUGAGGCCGAGGGUGGGGCCGGUGAGGGCCACGGCGACGACGACGAUGACGACGAUGACGAUGAUGAUGAUGACGAGGAGGGAGCGCCGCCGGCCGCGGCGGCGGAGCCGGCUGAGGGUGCGGAUGCGGCGGGCGGCGCGCCCGCCUCCGAGGUGACCCUGCUGCACCCCGUGCUGUGCAACCUGUUUCGCGGCAAGCACGCGGAGGCGCUGACGGCCAUGCUGCCGCCGCCGCCCUGAUGGUGAAGAGCUGAUGUGGUCGGCGUCCGUGUGUGGCGGAGGUGAGACCCGCCGCGGCAGUAGCAGCUGCGGCGGGGUGCGGGGCUGAGCGCUGCUCGCACACUACCGCGUGCGCGCGUUCGGCCGGCUUCUGGCGGCCCAGGCCACGCAUGCCGCUGCGGCCGCUGCGGCAGGCGCUUACGUGGGCAGCAGCAUUAGCACGUUUAUUAGUCGAGCGCUCUUUGAUGGCGUGGACCUGUACGACGCGCGCUGCUAUAGGGACUCCGCAAUCCUCACUAAUUUACUGCACGCACGGAUGCGGUCAAGGGUCGUACGUCGAGAUGUAUCUGUAUAUAUGUGUUGGUAGGUGGAGGUACAAUUACGAAACGGCGCUAGACUGGAUUGGGCAGUAGGGUCGGUGCUGUACAGCAUUACGGCGGGCGCGGCUCGUGCAAGCGAGUGCUGUGCAAGUUGGGAUGCGCACAAGGCCAGGGACAUGCAUCACCAUGGAUCGUUGGUUUUAGUCAUUGGCCGGCAGUGCAGGUGAAUCUGUUUUUGACGGGUAACCUAUAUUGCUGAGCUGAAUGAAUGACUGCGGACGGGGUAGAGUGUGGUAGGGUAGAGUGGAGGCAGUCUAUUCCUGUGCUCAUGGCACCGCGUGCAAUCCAAUACUGUGACGGUU